AUGGCACCAAUUUCGACUAACUGGAGCAGAUUGAUUCGUUUCGUCGCCGCCGAAACGUCAAGGGUUCACAUAGGAGAACCUUUCGACACGACACUUGAUGUCGGAUUGGCGUUUCACGAGGGCAAAGUAAUCAAGGCGUACGAGAUAGUGGGCUCAGCGCUGGACCCCUCCUCGCAGGUCUCGGGGAACGUACUCACAGUGAAGCACUUGUUAUCUCCGCUAUCCAAUGAGGAGAUCAAGAUAGUACGCUGCCUUGGAUUAAAUUACGCUGACCAUGCUGAAGAAGCCAAGCUUGCCGCGCCCAAGUUCCCGAUUUUAUUCUACAAACCCCUCACCUCGCUUAUAGGGCCCUCAGCCACCGUAACCAUUCCCCGCGUUGCACAACCGGCGAAGGACCACCUCCCAGAUUACGAAGUCGAGCUCGUCAUCGUGAUCGGCAAGCCAGCCAAGGAUGUUUCCGAGAAGGACGCCUUGGAGUACGUACUAGGCUACACCGGAGCCAACGACGUAUCGUUCCGGUAUCACCAAAUGGCUGUAUCGCAAUGGGGAUUCUCAAAGUCGUUCGACAACACGAACCCUCUCGGCCCGUGCUUGGUGUCCGCGAAAGCCAUUCCGGACCCGCAGACUAUUCCCCUCAAGUGUGUGCUGAACGGCCAGACGGUACAAGACGGUACAACAGCUGACCAGAUCUUUAAUGUUCGGCAGACUAUCGCGUUUCUCUCCCAAGGCACUACGCUAGAACCAGGCAGUAUCAUCCUCACGGGCACACCGAAGGGUGUGGGCUUUGUUAAGAAACCCCCUCUCUACCUCAAGGGCGGUGAUAAUAUGUCUGUGUGGGUCGGCAAUGGAGUCGGAACACUUGUGAAUGACGUGAAGGAGGAAGGUCCCCACGCAACGAAAGCCAAGCUCUGA